UUUGGCUCGAGUCGUUACUCGAUAAGAGGGAGAAAUCGAUGAACGUACAAAACAAGUGUUGGUAGCAAGAAAAUCGUUUGUUUUUUAUCCACUCCUUUUCAACAACAUGGCAGGACCUUUAGAUAUCAUGCUGAAGAGUCUAAUGUCUUCAGCAGAAUUCAUUCAGUUGGAGAAUAAAAACUGGGAAAACAUCUCAAGAUUAUUGCCAAACACAACUCCCAGACAGGUGAAGCAACGUUAUGAUGAAUUGCUCAAGCAACAGAUCACUUCACAACUGAGUUGUACAACUCUACCGUCCAGCAAGUCUAGUCAGAGCAGUAAAUCCAGUAAAACAGACACAGAUGAUCAGAAAUCCUCCAGACCUGGCUCUGGGAGAUCAAGAGAUCUGAAAAUGGACAGAGACUUAACGAGUAGAAAAGUCAGGGCAGAUACUGAGGACUUUGGCCCCACAAUGGUGAUACAUGUUUGUGAUGAAGCUAAAAAUUUGAAACAAGAUUUCAGCUGCCCCAGGGAUCUCCUGGUCCAUGAAAUGAAGUACUUUGCAGAGUACCUGUCCACUGAUGCACAGAGGUGGGAGGAGGUGGACAUAUCUGUCCACUGUGAUGUCCAGAUAUUUGACUGGCUGAUGAAAUAUGUGAAAAGGUUCACCAAAGAGGUGCCUGAUCCACCGAAACUGGCGGACCUCAAACCCAACAAUGUGAUUUCUAUUUUGAUUUCGUCAGACUUUCUUAAAAUGGACUAUCUGGUCCAGGAAUGUAUAGGAUAUUGCCACAAGAACAUGAGUGCUAUUGUUGCAACACCAUGCAAUAUGAACUGUAUAAAUGAUAAACUUGUCACCAGAAUUGCUGAUAUGUUUACCCACAAUGAAGUAGAUGAAGUAAAAGACAAAAAGGAUAAAUUUAAAAGCAAACUGUUUGCAAAGAAAAUUGAAAAACUGUUUGAGCCAGAUGCUGUUAAUUUAUGCUCACCUGAAAAGGCUAUCACAUUAUUUAGGUGCUCUGUCUGCCAUAAACUGUUGACCAAAACUUUAGAGAAGAAACUUAAAUGUGCAACUAGCAGGACAACGAUUGACCGGGUGGGCAACCUUUCAUAUUACCACACACGUGACCCCAGCUGGGAUGUGAACGACUACCUCCUGGAGCAGAAGGCACAACUCAAGACGUGGAGAGAUGUGUACUGGCGGCUAUGGGGAACCAUUAACUUCCUGCAGUGCUCAAGAUGUAAAGAAUAUUUCACUUGUACAGAGCUGGGCCACUGUAAAUAUCACCCAGAGAAAGCUGUGUUUGAAGAAAAGAUUGGAGAUAAGAAGACAACUAGUGUGAUAGGAACAUACCCAUGCUGUGAUCAGAAGACACUGAGGUUUGAUCCUCUGGGUCAGCAGAAGGGUUGUAGAGUAAGGGACCACGUGGUGGUGCAAACAGUUGCAAAGAAAGGUGAAACUGCUGAAAAUACAAAUGACUCUUCUUCUCGUGUUUAUGAUGACCUCUUGGCACACAGAAGUGCUAUAACAGUUCCUUACCAAGGUCAAUCAGUCAGCAAUGAGAAUGAAUUGAAUGUGUUUGCCAUGGAAGAGUCAGCGUGUGGUAUACAGGACACAGUGGUUGGAGAGAAAAAGGAGGGAUCCAAUACAGAUGGGUCAAAAGCAGAGCCAAAGUUACAAGCCCUGACAGUGGAAGAAGAACUGGCUUUGGACUAUCCUAAUUUACUGGAGAGCGAUGAUGAAGUGGGGGAUGAGGAACCAGCAAGAGGUGUUAAGUCAAAGACCAGGCGAGUGACUGUGGACCCUCAUGCCAUUCUGGUGGAUGGACCAGAGUUUAACACUACUAAGAACAGAAAGUGGGACACAUCCAGGUCUAUGAGAUGGAAUCAGGACACCCAAAGAGAUGAUGACCAGAGAAGAAUGAGAGAAAUAGUAAGCUACUUGACAAAGUUGAGGCUACCUAGUGAAAAGCUGGAAAAGUACAAGCAGAAAGAGUAUGCUGGGGGGUUGUAUAUGAAAAUUGAAGCUCAGUGGAAGGCAGCUAAUACACCAACUACCAAGCAAAAUCCCAAUGUAAUCAGGGCGAAAACAAGAGUAGGCCAAAUGAGAUCUACAGUAUCUGCGUAACCAUGUGCAUCACCAUGGGCAGCAACCAUAAUAACAACUAUGAAAGACAUUUGGAAUUACUGAAUUCUGAACCACAUAAUACCAGGGUGUUCAAGCUGUUUAUCUAUACAGUGUUGAGUUGUGAAGGUGUUUUGUUGAGGGGAAAAAGUUCAUAUAUGUAUAUGAAAUAUAAUCAGAGCUAGAGAGGCAAUAUGUAUGGGUCAAUUUUAGUCUGUGAAGUAGAGAAAAUAAAAGUAUGCAUUCAGUAGAUUGCACAGCUGUCACUUGAUAAUACAGCCAUCCUUUUUUACUGCAAUGAUCUCUGUACUACCUCAGAUAUUAAAGUAAAUAAAAGUUUUGCACAUCCAUUUCUGAGGAAAAAAACGGUGUUCAGUAAUAUGUUACAUGCUGAAAAAGUCACCAUAUACACACAAUUGUUACCAGUGGACUUUUUUCAGCAUUCAUUUCAAAGAAUAUUGCUCUUAGACCUUCUUGUUUUAUUGUUUUCCUUCUGAUGGCUGUGCAUGCUCUUUAUUGUGUUGCUGCUGUAAGCAUUAAAAUGUGUCCUGUUUGUGAUAUAAUGAUUUUUGUGUGUAAAAUGGAAAUGUUACAAUUGUAACACAUUUUAUGUGGCCCUCAGAAUACUUUUACAGAAAAAAUAAAAUAUUGAUUUAA